AUGGCUCGCUGGCAGAUCCUAUGCUUUGCCUUGUGCUCCUGCCUUGGCACAGCAUGGGCUGCUACGCUGGGUGUGGUGUACACCGAGGGUGGCUUUGUGGAAGGUGAGAAUAAAAAACUGGGACUCUUUGGGGAGUACAUCGACAUCUUCAGAGGGAUCCCCUUUGCUGCCCCUCCAAAGACUCUGGAAGACCCCCAACCUCAUCCUGGCUGGGAGGGAACACUGAAGGCAAAAAAUUUCAAAAAUCGCUGCAUGCAGAUGACUCUCACACAAACUGCUGUCCGUGGGAAGGAGGACUGUCUCUAUCUGAACAUCUGGAUCCCUCAGGGAAGGAGACAGGUCUCUACCAAACUGCCAGUGAUGAUCUAUAUCUACGGUGGUGCCUUCCUAGUAGGAGGGGGCCAGGGAGCCAACUUCCUCAAAAACUACCUGUACGAUGGUGAGGAGAUCGCCACGCGGGGCAACGUGAUCGUGGUGACCAUCAACUACCGUGUGGGGCCCCUGGGCUUCCUGAGCACUGGAGAUGAAAACAUGCCAGGGAACUACGGGCUGAAGGACCAGCACAUGGCUAUUGCCUGGGUGAAGAGGAACAUCAAGGCCUUUGGGGGUGACCCAGAUAACAUCACCAUCUUUGGGGAAUCAGCUGGUGCCACCAGUGUUUCCCUGCAGACACUGAUCCCAAAGAACAAGGGUCUGUUCAAGAGAGCCAUCAGCCAGAGCGGUGUUGGGCUGUGCAGCUGGGCCAUCCAGAGGGACCCGCUGGCCUGGGCUAAAAAGCUUGGAGAAAAAGUGGGCUGCUCCUCAGACAACACCACUGUCCUGGCCAACUGCCUGCGCCAGUCUGACCCCAAAGCCCUGACACUGGCCUACCACCUGCAGCUGAUCCACCUGCCCGCUCCCCUGGUUCACACACUUGCCCUCACUCCUGUCGUCGAUGGAGACUUCCUCCCAGACAUGCCAGAGAACCUCUUUGCCAACGCUGCUGACAUCGACUACAUCGCUGGGGUCAACAACAUGGAUGGACACUUCUUUGCUGGCAUUGAUUUACCUGCUAUCAACCGCCCGUUUGGGAAAGUCUCUCCGGACCAAGUCUAUGAUUUAAUCCAAGGACUCACCGUGGACAGGGGCGAGGCUGGAGCCAAUGCCACAUACAACAUCUACACUCAAGCAUGGGGUGAGAAGCCAGAACAGGAGGUCAUUAAGAAGACAGUGGUGGACCUGAUUACUGACUACAUCUUCCUGGUUCCCACACAGUGGGCACUGAAUCUGCACCUGAAGAAUGCCCGGAAGGCCAAGACAUACAGCUACGUGUUCUCCCAGCCAUCCCGAAUGCCCGUCUACCCAAAAUGGGUAGGGGCAGACCAUGCUGAUGACCUGCAGUAUGUCUUUGGGAAACCCUUUGCCACCCCCCUGGGCUACCUGCCCAAGCACAGGACUGUCUCACGUGCCAUGAUUGCUUACUGGACCAAUUUUGCCAGGACAGGUGAUCCCAACAAAGGGAAUUCCAAGGUGCCCGUUCACUGGCCGCCCUACAGCAAGAAAGGCACUUACUACCUGGAAAUCAACAACAAGAUGAACAAGAACUCGGUGAAGGAGGGUCUGAGAGCCCCCUUCGUGACCUUCUGGAACUCGGUCUAUCAGAAGCUGCCGCAGGUUGCCAACAUCUCCCUGAGCGAGCAGCUCCCUUGA